AUGAGUUCUGAUUUUGUGAUUUUUCUCCUGGCUGCUUUUGGCUGCACCUUUGCUCAGGUUUGAUGGAAGGAAAUUUUGAGUUUAGUUGAAAAAGCUCGAGGUUCAAAGGCUGUGUGAUCAAAGGACAUAGCUUGAAAAUUUGAGAAGCUGAAUAAUGUCACCAAACAAUAUUCACAGCGUUUCAAAAAGGGGUUAGCGGGCGUGGCCUACCUUAACUUAAUGCAACUGCCGCGUAGUUUUAGGAGACGACUAACCGUGUGGAUUUACGCAAUUACGUAAUUUUUUUUUUCGAUUUUUAUGCCGCGUUCGAAGUUAUUUCGGCGAUUCUAAAAUUGAAACGCUUUUAUUUUGAAUGAACUUUGCGAAAUACACUUUGAAACAUGCUCGAAAAAGGAUAUAUUUCGCUAUACGACUUCACGGGCAAUUCUGAAAUUUUCGAUGAAAAAUGCUUGAAAAGCCGUUUUCGAGAAAUCAUUUUAACCAAAUAACGCGUCAAUACGAAAUUGCUUAAGUUACUCUGAAAAAGAUAUUAAAUUUGAAAAGCUGCUUCUUUCUUGAAUAAUAUCUUAUAAAAAGUGCAACGCUUGAUAAAGAAAAAAAUUCGGUUUAUCUUUCCGGGUGCUUUUUUUAAAGACCUUCAGAAGUAUUAUAUAAUAAAGUUUGUCGUUUAUUUCACAAAAUUUCAUCUUAAAAUGUUUUUUUGAAGCCUGAAGUCGAGCCUCCAAAGGUUAACCCACCUGCAGCUGAUCCGACUGGCCAUCGCUUCUGUGCGCCAUGUAAAAUCGUCGCCAACACUUUGAAGACGAUCAAUAAAAUCAGUCUUUUCCAGCAGGUUCCUCAUUCAAUUUUUUUAUUAAAUAAAACAGUAUAAAAUUAAGUUUUCUAGUUUUUUUAGAGUCUUUUUGAGGUUGAGAAGCAAAGUUGCAACAUGGUUCUGCACAGCGACGCGACUUGUGGAGGAGCUGUUUCGGUAUAUUUUCUCAUUUAUGAGUCAAAAAAUUUAUAAAUUAAAUAUAUAUUUUUUCCUAAGCUUUUUAAAAGUUAAGUGAGUCGUUUUUUCUAACUAAAAGUAGGAGAAGGAGACGGAAAAAGAAGGAGGAUUUCGAAAAAUCAGAGCUUUAGGAAGUGAAAUGAAGCAGUGGUUCUUCUUUAAGUGAUCACUAAAGGGGAAAGUGCUGCGCUUCGAUUCAAACUUUUAGUGGUUACUUAAAUAGCUUCUUCAUAAUACGCUAUAGAGACGCCUGGCACAUCUAUCAAGGCUUCAUUUGUUUUUCUUCCCGAUCCUCAACUUUUCAGAUCGUCUCCAUGUACAUCGACCGGACGCCGGCCGACGUCAUGUGCGAACGUCUUCUCCUGUGUCCGUUCAGUCUCUCGACCUUCACCGGAAUCAAGUUCUUCGCCCCAGCCGACCAGGAAACCAUUGGCUCUUUAGAAGCAGCUGUUAUCAAGGUUUUCGUUUUGAGAAUCAAAAGAAAAACUUGAAUUUGUUCAGAUCCUGAACGAAAAUCUUGGGGCAGACAAUCAAACUCGGUUUGCUCGAAAUGCUCUUUUCGGCGCUGGUUCUGGAGGUUAGAAUAAUUAACUUAAUAAUUCAAUUUUACAAAAAAAAGUUUCACUUAUAAAAAAAAUUAGUAUGAUAACAAGAAAAAAAAUGACAAAAGUGUCACUAAAUGAGUAAUAAGGAUACCUUCCUUCAAAAAUCUUUUUUGAAAGUUCUAGCACCUCUUCAUUUUCUGAUCUCAUCUUCCAGACUCGGCGUCCCUUUCUAAGACUUCUGAAGCCAUCGAAACCUUCGCCGACAACUUCUCAAAAGCCUUGGCUUUGUAUCUCAAAUCUCCGCACAAAUAA